UCCCCAGACCGGAUAAAUUAAUGGCAAAGUCAGACCACAAGACCACCGGUGCAGAUUCGGACCUCUGCCAAUGACCACCUACAUCCUUUCAUCAUCAGUCAUCAUGUCACCGCGAAAAAGACCCCUGAUCCCUGUCAGCAGCCGUCGGAAAGCUGCGGACGACUACUUCCCUUUCAACUUCCUGCCAGUGGAGUGCCAGCUGCACGUCCUGUCCUUUCUGAACGAGGUGGAUAAAUGCAGCUGUGCUUUGGUUUGCUUGAGCUGGAGCUGCCUCGUCCGCUCAUGGAAGCUGUGGCGGGUGGCAGAUUAUUCCCGUCGCGGCGUCUUCCAUCUGGGUCAGGAGGGGCUUCUUGUUUCUAACAGAGAGUUCGAGAGGUGGAAAUCCUGGGUCCACCAUUACACCCAUCACCUGAUCUCCCGGAGAGCCAGCCUGCUCACGCUGAAGGCCAGCUUCGACCUCGGGGAUCGCUGCAACAAGUGGGGCGAGCUGCUGAGUCACCUGCUGGAUAAUGUCCACUGCAGAGACCUCAGCCACCUGGACCUUAACUGGACAUUUACUCUUCUAGAGCCACUGGACCUCAGGGUGCACUCCAGCUCCAGUUCCCACCAGGACAGCAUCACUAAGAUGGACCAGGUGACCAGUUUCCAGGAACUGCUGACCAAACUCACUCACAGCUGCCCGCGCAUCUCCAAGAUGCGCUUACACUUCGACUGGUCGGAUGUGUCUGUGUCGCUGCUCACCCAGUUCCAGCAGCUCAGAGUCCUCGAGCUCAAAUACUUCUGGGUCUUUAAAGGAGUGACUCCUACAACGCUGCAGACCCUAACCAAAUCCCUGCCUAACCUCAAGUGUUUGACUUUGCAAAUCCUGGUGCCGCUGAGGAACCUGGGCAUCUCGUACACACUGGAGUCUCAAUCUCUGGAGUUCCUGGACGUGUCGCCCAGCAGAGGUUUGGUCUUCUCCUGCCUGAAUCUACCUGCCCUGCGCGAGCUUCGAGCCAAGAAAAUCGUCCGCGGCAUCACGCUGGACCGGAGGACCAGGCUGAGUAUCCAGAGCCGGUGGCCUUGCCUUUACCGCGUCCUCCGGGAGGGGACGCCAAAGCUUCAGGCCCUCAACAAUGAAAGGCUGCUUCCCACAUGGAGAGAGGAGAGCUACGGGGAGCUGUCUGCGAUCCUGGAACAGUCCUGUUACUGUGUUCAGCAUCUAGACAGCUGGCUGUGGUAGUCAACUGUGUGACUUGAAAUUAAGUACAUUCCAUACGUGGUCGUUAGUGAUGUUUUGUUUUUAUCGCGCCAUAUUUGUCCCCAUUUGAAUGAACUGAACAUGUUCUCACACUGUAUAAUCUGACAAGUUGAUUUUACUUUAAAAACAUCCAGGAAACCAGUUGCCUUGAAAUUUUAAAAUUUACCUUAAUUCAUGUUAACUUUAUAUCUAAUUGUUAUGUUUACUUUUAAUUUUGUUAUACUAGUCCAUACCUGGGGAUAUGUGCUCUGCAACUACAUGCAGACUUCAGGGGAUGUGCACGCCCCAACCUUGUGCAGACCACAGACCUAUAUAUUAGAGCAACCUUUGCCAAAAAUGCAAAUUAAUGGGCUAAAAAAAUCUGCUUUGUAACAACAUAGGUUUUUAACUGCUGUGAAAGAAUGAAAAUAAAGGCGUUUUCUUUCUGUCAUUCAAGCUGCGGGGUUGCAAUGGCAGAGUGGCGCUGUUCAUGUUUACACUCUGAGUAUUUAUAAAUGACAGCAGUUUCUACCAAUGACAAUUCUCAGUGCCCAUUUGCAAUUUAUAAUAGAUCCAUGAUGUAUGGGGCUUCCUUCAUUUUAUAGUAAGAUUUACUUAAUUUUUUGUUAAGUUGCUGCAACUUAAAAAUGACAAGUUUAAUUAAAUCAGUC